AUGAUGGACAACGUAGACCCUCAAGAAUACGAAGAAUUUGCGGCUGAAUACAGAGCAAACAAUCACGAUGCUAAGGAUGGGGAAAUUAUCCUAGCAUCCUUGCACAGAAACAAAAACAGCAAGGUAAUGAACAUUCAUGCUCCCCCUAAACUCUAUCCUGAGAGUGCACAAGAACUUGCUGGUUGCUUUUGCAAAUCAGGGGGUUUCCUAUCAUUUAGUGGUAAAUCCUCUGUGGAUAUGCAUCUUGAUGAACAUCCUACCCCAAUGGGCAAGAAGCUUGUUGAACUAUUCCAGAAAACCAAUAAUUUCAACAUUCUCAUCUCAUUUUCUGGUGCUGGCAAGACUCAGGCCAUAUUCAAUGUAGCCAUGCAGAAUAGAGGAGUCUUCUUAAUGUAUAUUGAAUGCAAGGUGGAGGUGGUAGGCGAACCAACCAGUGACUGUAAUUUUGCACAGCUCUAUGAAGACAUAGAGACAGUUGAUAACACCACUGGGCUACAGAAUAAUGAUGGUAAAGCAGAGGCAUGCCAUCUUAUUUCCUUGGAGUACACUUCCUGGAUCUUCUACCUCAUUCUGCUCAUUAGAAAGAUCAAGGACCUUACUCCACACAGCUACCUACCCUCUCAGCUCAACAGCGGACAGGAGUCUAUUGCAGAGAUCAAAUCGUCACUAAAUAUAGAAAGUAAAGGAAAUCUGGACAAGCUUUUCCAAGUGGCCUCCCAUAAGCUGUCAGAUAUUUUGCCCCAUGGAUCUCAGUUGGCUAUUGCAAUUGACAAGGCCAGUACUGCCAGCAAACUUUUUUACCCAAAAUUCCAUAAUAUCCAUGGUAACCCAUGUGGCUUGCUAACACCAAUGUUAGAAUUUCUCAUUCCAUCACGUAAGAUUCCUGUAGUGAUUGCUGGCACUUUGUUUACACUUAAACAUGGGGAUAAAGUUGAGAGUGAUGUUGGCAAAACCACAAAUGAGAAUGUUAUUAUGGACUUUGAGACACUGACAAUUGAUAAAGUCAAAGCCUAUAUCAAACAUUAUCUCAACCUCUCAGGCUGUGAUAUUGGAAGAAUUGAAGACUGGAAAUACCUUGCUGGUUGCCCCUGCUUAGCUGCUCAGUUGUUAUGUGAAAUUGUACAGGGGGAGAAUCAUGAGCAAAAUGAAACAAAACAGACUGUGUUAGAAAAUGUCUUCAUUUCUUGCCACUUCUUCUCUGGCAUUGGCUAUGUAACUGAUUAUGAUGAUAAAUUGACAUGCCUUGUUGAAUGUGGUAUUGCUUCUUUGAGGCAGACACAAAGUGUACAUUAUAUUCAAGUCAAUGAACCCUUGGCAAUAAGGGUUGUCAACACUGUGCUUGGUAUUGAGUUCAAAAGUCCAGCUAUGACACUCACCAAUAGACUAUUUGCGAAGUUAAAUAAACAUGCCAAUGCUUCAGACAUGUUGAAAGGCAAAGCAUGGGAAUAUCUUAUCCUGGCACAAAUGCUGACUUACAAUGGCAAGAAAGUCAUUGAUUUAAUCAAAUUGUUUUACAAUGAUUAUCAAAUAUUGCAGCUACACCAAAAGCCAAAUGAAGAUUCUCUCAAGGUCACUGAACUACCAGAAUGGACAUAUACUGCAACCUUCAAUGUGGAGUCCUAUUACUAUGGAGAUGUAGAAAUGCUUUCUCUGCUGUGCAACAAGUCGUAUGAAGAUGGUGUGGAUGUCAUCAGUGACUGGCUUGCAUCUCCAGAGAAUCAAAAGUAUAUUCUUCAACCUGAAAAUGAAAUGUGCCCAGAUGGACUAUAUAUUGAUGGCCACCAUAGUCAUUAUUGGACCCUGCUAUUCAGUGCAAAGUUCUACAGCAAUGCAAU